GUCAAAGAUCCAAUUGGAUUGUCAGUAGAUAACUUGUCUACUUACAGUGGAAGAAAUCACUUGCUGCUUACACCUACAAUGAAAAAUCAGACAGAUGAUUCCAGUUCCGAAAAUAAACUUAAAAAUCAAUUCUUAGAUCCAAACAUAAUGAAAUCUUAUAAAUCCUAUAAGAAAAAGAAACCAUCGACUUUUAAAAAAGUUAGUACUGAUGGCAAUCAUACUCCUAAGUCCAAGACUAAAGAUGCAUUAUUAAAUUAUAAAUUAAGCCCUCAAGUGUUUGGACUCACAAGGCCAAGUGCCAGCUGUGAAAGUUUGAAUAGAACAAACUCCAAAAGUGGUAAAAGACAAAGUGGUGUUUCAUUUGAAGAAUGGGGUUCAAUUUGGAAGCCGAACGCGCGGAAGGAAUUUCGGCGAUCGAUUCCGUUAGAAGGAACAUUGAGCGAGCCUGAUUUGAGAUAUACAGAGAAAAAAUGCAUGCAAAUCGAGGACCCAGAUGGAGCUAGUGAAAGUGAUGCCAGUGCCAACGGCGGAAAUGGAGGUGUCGCGUCCUGGUCGGUUUCAUUUGAGAGACUCCUUGCUGAUAAUUCGGGAAUACACGCGUUUGCGGAGUUCCUAAAGAAAGAAUUUUCGCAUGAGAACAUCUACUUCUGGACAGCUUGUGAACGCUAUCGUCGCCUUGAACGGCAGGCGGACCGCGAGCGAGAAGCUCGGGAAAUAUUCGAUGCUCACCUGGCAGACGGAGCGCUUGAGCCGGUUAACGUCGAUGCACAGGCCAGGCAAAGCACCCAGGAUGGUCUUGCUACUGCGGAUAAAGAUCUAUUUAGUCAGGCUCAAAAGCAGAUCUUCAAUUUGAUGAAAUUCGACAGUUAUCCUCGAUUUUUGCGUUCAGAUCUACACAGACAAUGCGUGGCCGCCGAGGCAUCACACAAGAGGCUUCCAUUUCCCAUUGAUAAUAAGACUGAUGAAAAAUUAAGAAUUAGUUCUGCGCAACAAACUCCAUCAAAGUUAAAGAAAUCGCUUUCUAAUGCUGAAGAUCGUCGUCGUAAAAGUUUAAUGCCAUGGCAUCGCAAAACGAGAUGUAAAUCCAAGGAUCGCGGCGAGCAAGACUACAAAGGAGGUCAGGGUAGCGCGCUCGCCAAACAAAGCGCUUUGUCUGCGAGCAACGCGGAGGUGCAUAGUUCGGUGGGAUCAUUAGCUAGCUGGGACGCUGCUCUUAAUAAACAGCUGGAGAGUCCUUUCGAUGACACCCAGAUACCAGAUGCGAUGCCUAACAGAUGUACUUUAUGUCGCGUUGUUUUAUCGGAUGAAUCGACUGCUUUACUUCAAACCCAACCAAAUGAUUCUGUUAGACAACUCAUUGAUAGAUUAUUGGAAAAACGUGGCAUUCGAUAUAGAGCUUAUGAAGUUCAUAUUUCUGGAACUAAUAAGCCAAUAAAUGUGAUAGAUUCAUCGAGAAUUUUAGCUGGCAAAGUUGUUGUUGUAGAACAAAGAGUAGUUUUCAAAUUGGAUUUACCGAAUAAAAAAGUCAUCUCUGUGAAGAGCAAGAUAACGAAAACGUUAGGCGAAGUUUUAAGGCCAAUUUUGCACAAAUACAAUUACAAACUCGAUCUUGUUCAGGUGUUUUUAAAAGCUGAAGCAACUGAAAGUCUUGAUAUGUCAAAAUCAGUGUUAGUGGCAGAUGGCCAGAGACUUCUCGUCCAAUGCAGACCGGAAGGUUGGAUCGGUGAAGUAACACAGAUAAGUACAGCAGAAACUUUCGCUGAAGGUGCCUCUCUCAAUGAAAUUACCAAUCGAGUUUUCGAAGAGUUACUUCAAGGCAAAUCUGAAGCACAGAAUCUCAAAGUCAAAUCUUUAGACCAGCAUUCAAUAAAAUCUGAAGAUUGUGGAUCGGAAACUUCAUCUGGAAUAUUCAGUCGGUUUCUAAGAAGGGAUUCUAAUAUGCCUUCGAAAUGGCUAAUGGUGCCACUUCCAGAGGAACAAGCUACGGAAUCUCGGAAGCCUCUCAUAGCCAAAUGGAAACCAGGUGCUAAAUUACAAGUUACUGGAAGACAAUCAGAAAGUGAUGAACUUCUAGAAGGACUAAACAGAGCACAGAGGGCGCGUCUAGAGGAUCAAAGAGGAACUGAAAUAAAUUUCGAGUUGCCUGAUUUUUUGAAGGAUGGAGAUAAUUUGCAAUCCUGUUCAAAACUACGAAAAAUUUUAAACACAGAUAACGACGGCGCCGAAUCAAAUGUAACGAGUGCCGAUAAUCCUGACACGUCUAAAUGCAAAAAUCCAAAUGAUGUUCCCACUCCCAGCAUUAGACUAUCUCCUGGACACAAGCCUAAUCCCGCACCUAGGUUAUCUAUAGGUAGAGUUCAGAAUUGCCAAGUAAGCUUGAAGAUAGACGAACAAGCGAAUCACAAUUUUCAAAGUAAUUCUAGUAGUGAUAGUGAUAAAUUAAAAAGUGCCUCCGAUCCACCCCCUUUGCCUCCAAAACCAAAAGUACUACCAAUGAAGCCAUCUAACUGGGGUCAAAAUUUACAGACAAUUUCAUCUGAAGCUCAAUUGAAAACUCCCCAAGAACGUUUGAGGAGCUCAAAUACAGAAAAUAUAUUAAAGCGAGCUAUUUACUUAGAUCAACAUAAUAGUAGUUUUAGUGGUGCAGUAUGCGCUGGUUCACCAUUCAGGCGUUGGGGAUCAUCCUCCAGCUCCCUAAAGUCUCGUUCAACUCCAAGAGCCGCCAGUCGGUACAGAAGACCGACUUCCAUUGCGGCAUCGGACGAUCAUGACAUGUAUACAAAGGACCCAGAUGGGGCUAGUGAAAGUGAUGCCAGUGCCAACGGCGGAAAUGGAGGUGUUGCAUCCUGGUCGGUUUCAUUUGAAAGACUCCUUGCUGAUAAUUCGGGAAUACACGCGUUUGCGGAGUUCCUCAAGAAAGAAUUCUCUCAUGAGAACAUCUACUUCUGGACAGCUUGUGAACGCUAUCGUCGCCUUGAACGGCAGGCAGACCGCGAGCGGGAAGCUCGGGAAAUAUUCGAUGCUCACCUGGCAGACGGAGCGCUUGAGCCGGUUAACGUCGAUGCACAGGCUAGACAAAGCACCCAGGAUGGUCUUGCUACUGCGGAUAAAGAUCUGUUUAGUCAGAGAACUAUUUGCAAUGAUUAA